GGGAGAAAGAAGAGGAAAGAGGAGGAAGGAGGAGCCCUCCUGAGCAUCGCGUCAGGAGCUACUUAUCCACCAAAAUCCGCCAGGCGUUCGGUGCCUCCCCAAUCUCUCUCCCCUCAGCCCCAUCACUGCAGCCCGGCUCCUUCAAUUGGCUCCUUCCGGCAAGAUGUCUUCCACAUCCACAUGCAAGGUGGCCGUCUUUUCUGCCAAAGGUCAGCCAGCCUUCGCCUCCUCGUGUUUGGCAGUCACGCCUGAGGCUCCCCUUUCUCUCGAUCAAUCGCCACCUUUCUGCUCUCCAUGUCUGUUGCCAGUCUACGACAGGGCGUCGUUGACGCAGCAGCUGAGCCUCCUCGGCCACAACAUCGAGUUCACCUUCCUCGAACCACGCCUCACGCCCGUCAGCCUGACCAUCCAACCAUAUGUGGGGGCCGGGCACAAACGACGCUUUCGGCUAUGUCUUUUCAGGCCACUGUGAGUCUUGCGAAGGGGUUCAGUGUGGUCUGUGCGUUCAUCAAUGACGUCAUCAACGAGGAGGUGCUCAAAGAGCUGGACAAGCUGGGAAUCCGUCAGGUGGCCCUCAGAUGUGCCGGCUUCAACAACGUCGACUGUAUGCGUAGCGCAGCACUGACAUCCACUGACUCAAGGCGAUGUCUCUCUGCCUCUCUCUCUCUCUCUCUGUGUCUGUGUGUGUCUAUGUCCAGUGGUAGCGGCUGAGAAGUGGAAGAUAACAGUGUGUCGAGUGCCGGCCUACUCGCCCUACGCCGUGGCCGAGCACGCCGUCGGACUCGUAGGCAUAUCACUUUGCAAACGCAGUGGUCACAUUUUGACAGUCUCGGUCUGCUCUUACAGAUGAUUUGCCUCAACAGAAAUCUCCACAGAGCAUUUUCCCGUAAGCCCCCCAAGCGGAACACAAUACUGCACGGAUGCCUAUCUCUCUCUCCCUCUCUGUGUGUGUCUGUGUGUCUCUGUGUGAUGUUUCAAAGGUGUCCGUGACGGCAACUUCUCGAUCAACGGUCUGCUGGGGAUGGAUUUCCACGGCAAGACGUUCGGCUUCCUCGGGACGGGCAGGAUCGGAUUCCUCACCGCCCGUAUCUGCAGCGGAUUCGGAUGCAACAUACUCGGUACACACGCAAUGCAGCCCAGCAGUGGGUCCAUCCGCCAAUGGGUGUGUGUGUGUGUGUGUGCAGGGUGUGAUCCGUAUAAGAAUGCCGACUUUGAGAAGCUGGGCGGCAAGUACGUCGAGAUGGACGAGCUGCUGGCGACGUCGGACAUUAUUUCGCUGCACUGCCCCCUCACGCCCGAGAGUCACCAUCUGAUCAACGAAAAGACCAUUGCCAAAAUGAAACCAGGGGCCGUCAUCGUCAAUACGUCACGAGGUACGUCCCAGAAAGACACAUAGAGACACAAAGACACGUACACAUCGAGGCGAUAUACCGCUUUCUGUCUUGGUCGCUCUUUCAGGCCCCCUGAUCCACAGCAGAGACAUGAUCGAAGGACUGAAGUCGGGAAAGGUGCUCUCUUUUUUAGAUUCAAUUCGACGUGUCUCGAUGUCUUCAUGCCUCCUCUCUGUGUGUCUGGAUAGGUCGGCGGUUUGGCGAUUGAUGUCUACGAGGACGAGGAGGAGAUAUUCUUCGAAGAUCUGUCCAGCGAGGUGCUCCAGGACGACACCAUUGCCCGGCUUCUCACGUUUCCCAACGUCAUGAUCACUGCGCACCAGGUGGGUGGUUGCAGGCAGGAAUCCUUUACCACACACACAAAGACACAGAGACACCGAGGGCAAAUCUGUCUGUCUGCCUGUCUCUGUCUGUCUGUCUGUCUGUGCGCGUAGGCAUUCUUCACCAAGGAGGCUCUGGAGGCGAUAGCCAAGGUGACGAUCGGCAACAUCGCCUCGUUCGACGGCCAGACGAGCGACGACUCGUGGAAGCAGAACCAGGUCAAGAACCAGACGCACCGCCGACCCUCAAAGGAAUCAAUCGACGUGAAAGAGACAAAGAUGGGCCAUGCACGGCCACCCAGUUCACCUUGCGUUGUACUGCGCUGAUAUGGUCUGCUCUGAUCCGGGCUAUACUGAGUAGCAGUACAGUCUAUGCUCAUCGAUGGAUGGCACUAAGUGCUUUGUGCCUAAGACUCUGAUUGGACGGGCAGUGCGGACGAGCAAGAGACUGUGUGCUUUGUGGCCAAAGGCCUUUGACGACUGAGGAAUCCGAUGUUGUCAAGCCUGCAUCGCG